AUGAUGAUGAUGAAACAUAGUCUUUUAAGGACAGGAAGCAGAAGCUUAGGAGGUGGUCUUUGGCGAUCAUUGUCGCAACAGAGGAACCAUACAGUGUCAAAUCAAGAAAUCCAACAUUUCGACGCAUUGGCGAAGACUUGGUGGGAUUGGGAUGGUGAGAGUCGACUUUUGCAUUUAAUGAAUCCUACCCGAAUCGACUUUAUGUCUCAAAUCGUACGUCAGAAAACCCCAUUUGCUGGUAAACAAAUUCUUGAUGUUGGAUGUGGAGGAGGGAUUCUUAGCGAAAGUAUGGCUCGUUUGGGUGCCAAUGUUACAGGUAUAGAUGCUUCGAAAAAAGCUUUGGAAGUAGCAAGAGAUCACUCUGAAAAGGAUCCAAGCCUUUGCGGUCGUCUUGAGUACAUCCAUGGACCUAUUGAACAGCAAAAUUUUAAGAAACAGUUUGAUAUUGUCACUUGCAUGGAAGUUGUAGAACACGUUACGGAUCCUCGGGGUUUUUUAGAAUCGUUAAUGGAUCUGGUCAAGCCCAAUGGCUAUUUAAUGCUAUCCACGAUUUCGCGGACCCUCAUGGCUCGUUUUCUAACAAUCUUUUUAGCUGAGAGGGUACUUGGAAUCGUUCCCAAUGGAACCCAUAAUUAUGAAAAGUAUAUUCGCCCAGAAGAGCUCACCGAAUUCUUCCGUGAACAUCAAUGGAAAAUAAACGAUGUUCGAGGGGUCAUGUACCAUCCUCUUGAAUCUAAAUGGGUCCUUGCAAAGCCAGGUGAUCAAUGUUUGCCUCCUUUAUGCAAUUACAUUGCGUCUGCGCAGAAACCAUAA